GUUGGCCAUUUCAUAUAUGCAUGGUAAUUAAGUGAGUACUGGUCAGCAACUUCUAAAUUUGGUGUACACUAAGUAGCUAGCUAGAGUUGCAUAUAUAUAUAUAUGGCCGUCGGACGUCAACUUUUCAGCCAUACAACACAAGCAUUGGUCUAUUACUAUAAACAACUACCAAUUCAAAACAUGCUUGAUUUUGAUUUCCUUUGCGGGAGGGAAACACCAUCAGUUGCUGCAAUCAUUAACCCUGCUGGUGCUGGCGGAUUUCAUAACUUAUUUUUUGGCCAACACCAAAUCCUCAUACCACUCUAUUCUAGUGUUGAAGAUGCUUGUGCUGUCCAUCCUACUGCUGAUGUGUUUAUAGAUUUUGGUUCGCACAGAAGUGCUGCUACAUCAUCCAAGCUUGCACUUACACAAGCUACCAUCAGAAUAGUAGCUAUUAUAGCUGACGGUAUCCCUGAAUCAGACCUCAUGGAACUGAUUGAUUAUGCCAAGUCAAACAACAAGAUUGUUAUCGGGCCAGCAACUAUUGGUGCUAUUAAAGCAGGAGCUUUCAAAAUCGGUGACACUGGUGGAACAAUUGACAAUAUUAUUCAAUUCAAGCUGUAUAGACCUGGCUCUAUCGGUUUUGUAUCCAAUUCUGGUGGCAUGGCUAAUGAGUUAUACCACAUGAUCGCACGUGUGACCGAUGGAAUCCAUGAAGGUAUUACUAUCGGAGGAGAUGCUUUCCCAAUCUGUAUGAUCUCCGAUCAUGUUUUGCGUUUCAACAACAUCUAUCAGGUAAAGAUGAUAGUUGUGGUUGUGGAAGCCGUGCAGUCCUUAGUAGAAGUUCUUACAUCAGGAAAAAUCAACAAACCAGUAUGUGUAUUAUGGAUCAAUAAUGUGCGGCUCUUCAAGUCUGGGGAUCAAUUCAAUAUUUCUCAGGGAGACGAGAGCAGUUGUGGUCAAUUGGAAGCUCUUAAGGAUGCCGGGGCAAUUGUCUCCUCAUCAUACGAAACAUUUGAAGUUUCAAUCAAACAAACAUUUAACAAGUUGACCGAGGAAGGCAAGAUUGUGCCAAUUAUUAAGGAAGUCACUCCUCCUCAAAUCCCCGAGGAUCUCACCACAGCAAUGAAGAGUGGAAAAGUGAGAGUGCCAACUCGUAUCGUGUCAACCAUUUCUGACGAAAGAGGUGUAGAUGUACAAUAUGCUGGAGUACCAUUAUGCGUUAUGCUUGAAAAAGGAAUGGGGAUUGGUGAUGUCAUUUCCUUAUUAUGGUUCAAACGAAGUCUUCCCCACUACUGCACAAAAUUCAUGGAGAUUUGUAUCAUAUUAUGUGCUGAUCAUGGUCCAUGUGUAUCUGGUGCUCACAACUCUAUUGUAACUUCAAGGGCUGGAAAAGAUCUUGUAUCCUGUCUAGUUUCUGGCUUGCUAACAAUCGGCCCCCGUUUUGGUGGUGCCGUUGAUGAUGCUGCUCGGUAUUUCAAGGAUGCUUAUGACAGGAAUCUUUCGCCAUAUGAGUUUGUUGAAGGUAUGAAAAAGAAGGGUAUUCGUGUUCCAGGAAUAGGACAUAGGAUUAAGAGAGGCGAUAACAGAGAUAAACGAGUGGAGUUGCUUCAACAGUUUGGUUACACGAAUUUCCCGUCAACCAAGUACAUGGAUUAUGCAGUUAAGGUUGAGACCUACACUCUAUCGAAGGCAAACAACUUGGUGAUGAAUAUAGACGGUGCCAUUGCUACCCUUUUCUUGGAUCUGCUUGCUGGUAGUGGGUUAUUUAGCAAACAAGAAAUCGACGAGAUAGUAAGCAUUGGUUACCUCAACGGGCUCUUCGUGUUGGCUCGUUCAAUCGGUCUCAUUGGGCAUACAUUAGAUCAGAAGAGGUUGAAGCAGCCGCUGUAUCGUCAUCCUUGGGAAGAUGUUCUUUAUGCCUGCCAUGUGAAAUGAUCAUUCAUGUCAUGUCAUGCUAAUGUAAUUAUUCGUUCGUGUUUAUGCAACUCGGUUGGUUGCUGAUAGGUCAUUCUGGAUGAGUGGGUCUUAGUUCAUGCAUGAAGCAAAUCGAGCAUCAGAGAUUUAGUCUGAAUAUAUUUAACUUAAGUGUGUAUCUGCGUAAUAGUUCGUGGGUACGUAGUUUUUAAGUUUGCAAGUUCUUAAGUAGUAAUCAUUUAUUAUUGCAUGUGAUUUGUUUCAGUAUUGUACCUUUAAUAAGCCGCUUUUGAGUUGAA